GCAUGUUGAAUGGUGGAAUGGAUUGUGCACAGUGCAGAAGCCAGCAGAGGUAGAAGAGAAACGUCAUCAAGCGUCAUUGCACCGGCGCGGCAGCGUGCUUCGUUAUUUCUUCUCGCGAAAAAAGAACACUAGUCGCGCUGUAUCGAUUAUCCGCGUUUACCUCAUGUCACAACUUUCUCUUAAAAACAAACGCAUAAUAAGCGAGCAAGGAUUACGUAGGAAGAGCCUCAAUGCAUGAAAUAAUAUCGGCGUCUGUCAGAAUUUCAUGAGUCUUCGUUCUUCUCUUUUGUGAAAAAAUGGCAUUCUGCACGCGCGCGAAUGUAAUAAAUUAUAUUUAUAAUUCUAGUUGAGCAAUGAUUAACUGCCUAUGGCUGUGAUUGUACAAUGAAUCAUUUAUGACUUCCAAGGAAAUUGUAAAGAUGCAUAUAUAUGUCCUAUUAGAGUUGAUACAUAUAAGUGUAUGUGUACAACUUUGACAUACAUAUAAUUUUAAUGUAUAGAUCAUCUAUUUGUGAAAUUUAUUGUAUAUCAAAGAGUUAAUCAGCAAGUGAGAGCUACAAUAUGGACUCUGCAACCGAGUUGGAACAUAUAGAGAAGCUAGCGAAAGAAGCAGAAUGCUUAAAGAAACGCUUGGAGGAUGAACGACAAAAGUUAAACGAUAUUACACUUGCUAGUGUAGCAGAUAGACUUGAAGCAAUUAAUUGUAUAAAUGUUAAACCUAGACGUAUCUUAAAAGGGCAUCAAGCCAAAGUUUUAUGUUCUGAUUGGUCUCCUGAUAAGCGUCAUAUUGUUUCUUCUUCACAGGAUGGAAGAAUGAUUAUAUGGGAUGCCUUUACAACAAAUAAAGAACAUGCUGUCAGUAUGCCAACCAGAUGGGUGAUGGCAUGUGCUUAUGGUCCUAGUGGUGAUUUAGUUGCAUGCGGAGGUCUGGAUAAUAAAGUUACAGUGUAUCAGUUAAGUCUGGAGGAUGAUGUUUCAGCUCACAAGAAGACUGUUGGUACGCAUACAUCAUAUAUGUCAUGUUGUGCAUUUCCUAACAGCGAUCAACAGAUCUUAACAGGCAGUGGAGAUAGCACAUGUGGUUUGUGGGACGUAGAAAGUGGGCAAUUGUUACAGAGUUUUCAAGGACAUUCUAGCGACGUUAUGUCUAUUGAUUUAGCACCGAGCGAAACUGGGAACACGUUUGUGUCUGGUGGUUGUGACAAACUUGUCUUAAUUUGGGAUAUGCGUAGUGGCCAGUGUGUGCAAAGUUUUGAAGGACAUCAAUCUGAUGUUAAUUCAGUAAGAUUUCAUCCAGGUGGCGAUGCAGUGGCAACAGGUUCAGAUGAUGCUACUUGUCGCUUGUUCGAUCUGCGUGCUGAUAGAGAAGUUGCAGUAUAUGCAAAAGAAAGUAUAAUAUUCGGAGCAAAUGCGGUUGAUCUCAGUAUAAGUGGACGCUUACUCUUCGCCGGAUACAAUGAUUACACAGUGAAUGUGUGGGAUACUUUAAAGUGUCAACGAGUGGCGCUGUUAUAUGGACAUGAAAAUCGAGUUUCGUGUUUAAGGGUUUCUCCAGAUGGUACUGCUCUGUCUACUGGAAGCUGGGAUGCAACUUUACGAGUUUGGGCUUAGCUUCAUGACUACUAUUAUUUUAAAUACGUUGAGAUAUUCUUGUUAGAUCAUAUUGUAAUAUUUAUUGUAUUUAUUUUAUUGUAUUUAUUUAGAAACUUGCUUUCAGUAUUUUUUGUAUGUAUUCAUGUUUUCAUAAUAUCAAAUAUGUAUGAUGCAUUAACUGUGUAUUCAAUAGCUAGCAUGCUUGAUUAUGCAAAAUAUGAUCCAUAAUGUAUGACUAUGAUAAUGUGAUAUAUAGUAAUCAAAUUACAUGCGCGCGCGCGCACCUAUGUAUUAGGCUAGUCCUAAUAUAUGUAUUUACAGAUAAAUUUAG